AGCUAAUUAGCCAAAAUGAGCUACUAGCUUAGCAAGGAAAAUUAUUAAAUAUUGUAUUAUAAAUAAUAAAUGAACAGGAAAAAAUUAUGGCUAACCAUUAAAAUAUAUUUCAAUUUUGCUUAUGUGGCUAGUGAAGCUAUGAAUGCAAUUAGCUAACCGCCCUCUGGAGAUGCUCUUAGUGGCGUGUGUGGAAUGAGGAAGCUAUCAAUGUUUGGUCUGAACCAUGGUUGCCGGAUGAGAUUAAUCUAAAGGUUGAGACUGCCCCUACAGCAGGUCUUCAACAUAGCAGGGUAGCGAAUCUUCUUAGUAUGCCUGAGAGGAGAUGGGAUUCAGACCUUAUACAUGACAUUUUCGAACCGAGGGACGCUAGACUGAUUCAAGGCAUUCCACUUAGCCAUAGAUCUGUUCCAGACAGGGUUUGUUGGCGGUGGGAAACAAAUGGGUGUUUUUCUGUCCGUAGUUGCCAUGUGGAAUUGGAAAUUACCCUUCAAAAAAAAUCUGGCAGGUUUGUUGUGGUUUUCUUCCGACGAGGCUGAAUCUACGCAAUAGAAAGGUGGAUUGAGUGGUGGUCUGUGGACUCUGUGAUCAUGCAGAUGAGACAUUGUUUCAUUUGCUCAUUGAUUGCCCGGUUGCCAAGGAGGCGUGGGAAGGGGUGAACUUGGCUUGGUCUCGGAGCAUAGCUGGGGACUUUUGCUCGCUGUUGCAGGCUGAAUCUCAAUUCUCAGACGAGGCAGACGGAUGACUUGCGAAGGCUUAUUUGGGGUCUAUGGAGGGAGAGGAAUAACAGGGUGUGGAAAGGGGUUCGGACGAAGCCUAAGUACACUGCAGGUUGGGAACAAGCUCUCAGCAGGUGGCUGGAGCUCGAAUAAAUCAGGGAUGUACGGGUUCAACGUGGAUGCAACGGUGCGUGACUCUAAUUGUGGCCUGGGCUGGAUUGAGGUCGGGAAAUUCAUCGCGGGAGAUGCGAAGGCAUGGCAUUAUGGCAAGGGAAGUUAUCUCCCUGGGAGGCUGAACAGUAGGGAUGAUAGCGGAAGAAGUUCGAGAUUUAUGUUAGUGAUGACUAAUGGCUGAUAUGAGGGUUGUUCUAGUCAGGCCGGCCUGACUCGAACGGGACUCUGGCUGAUAUUCCCUAAUUUUGUUAGGCCAUCAGCUAAUAGAGCGGCCUGUUCUUUGUCCGGUUGUCGUUAUUGGAUAGGUGUUCUUCCUACUUUCAUUACUCAUGUACGUAGUAUUAAAUAGUGAUUUGAUUAAUAUUAAUUAAGUUUGUUUCUGUAAAAAACACGUAUAAUACUCACCUAACACUUUGGUUUUAG